UAGAUAUUCUUAAUUCCCUCCUUGUAAAUAUCUUUUUUGUGCAACUAACUUCAACAUCAGAAAAUGCUUAUAACUUUAACUCAAAAGAACAUCCAAAACCAAGAACAAUACUGAGAGUCCAGAGAGAAUUAAGAAACAGAUCAUGGCAAAUUUUGAUAUUCCAACAUUGAUGUUUCUCCAUUCUUUAGACCAAAGGAAAAUGAUGGAAGUUAAAAGAAGGCUAUUCUGCAAAUUAGAGAAGCUUGUGUUGACUAUGCUUUCUUCCAAAUUAUGAAUCAUGGAAUUCCUUAGGAGGUUGUUGAGCAGAGCCAUGGAUAUGUAUGACUUUCUUUGCUUGUUCAGUCUUCAGAUGAAGAAAAACUAUCGGAGAUAAAGAUGGCGAGAGAAAGGCAAGAGAAGUGAUAAACGAAGCAUGUUGUCGAUAUGGCUUCUUCCAAAUUGUCAAUCAUGGGGUGGCUUUGGACCUAAUGAACCGCGCCUUAAAACUAUCAAAGUUCUUUUUUGAGUGUCCUGUUGAAGAGAAAAUGAGCUGCUCUCCAUUGCCAGGGGCGCCUUUUCCUGCAGGCUAUAACCGAAAACCAAAUCCAUCUUAUGAGUUUUCAGAGUACUUGGUUAUGCUUCAGCCUGGAUCCAACUUCAAUGUUUUUCCUGCCAAUCAUCCACAGCUCCGAGAAGUAAUGGGAGAUUUAUUCAAUCAAUUCGUGAAGAUCGGAGCAAUUUUAGAGAGCAUCCUUAGUGAAUCCUUGGGUCUGCCUCCAAGUACUCUCCAAGAAUUUAACAAUGACAGAAAUUCUGAUGUGUUGACAGCAUUGUAUUAUUUACCAGCAACAGAGAAAGGGAAAAUAGGAAUAAAUUCACAUAGAGAUGUUGGAUGUAUAACAUUUGUAUUACAAGAUGAAGUUGGAGGGCUUGAAGUUCAAAAGGAUGGUAAAUGGAUCCCAGUAACCCCCAACAAAGGUGCCCUUGUGGUCAACAUUGGGAUUGUUCUUCAGGUGCUGACGAAUGACAAAUACAAGAGUCCAAAUCAUAGGGUGGUGAGACCUAAUGGUAGAUCAAGAAAUUCAUUUUCGUUCUUCUAUAACGUAUCAGGUGAAAAAUGGCUUGAACCCCUUCCCUAUUUCACCAAGCAAAUUGAUCAGAAACCAAAUUAUAAGGGAUUCUUGUACAGCGAUUAUUUGCUCAAGCGCAAUGAAAAUAAGCUUAAACGUGCUUCUGGACUUGAAGAAGAUCUUGGGUUAUCUCAUUUUUCACUCACUACUUAGUACAAAUUUCCAUUUUUGUUUUCUUUUCUUUGUCAUCUAAAACAAUAUCGUUUCUUUCCUUUCAUUAUCCAAAAAGAUCAUCUAUGCAAGUUACUUGAUAAAUUUGAUCAAUAUUUGGGCCAAUUUAUCAUUCGACC